CAGCGCUACCCGCGGCCGCAGCCGCGCACCCAGGCAGGCUCGGAGGAGCGGAGGUCAUGGCUUCUGGCUCCUCGGACCUGAGGCUUCAGUGGAGGAAAUGACUGCCCAGGCUCGUGCUCCACGCCUGUCACGGAGACUGAACCUUCGCAGGGCACGAACUUGCCCAGUACAGGAGCGUCUCUGUCUUUGAAGGGCUUGACAUUUGUCACAAAGAAACGUGAAAAUGGCGACUUCCUCUAUCAGACGGCAAAUGAAAAACAUUGUGAACAAUUACUCGGAAGCUGAAAUCAAAGUGCGGGAAGCCACCUCCAACGACCCGUGGGGCCCGUCCAGCUCCCUGAUGACCGAGAUCGCCGACCUGACCUACAAUGUGGUGGCCUUCUCGGAGAUCAUGAGCAUGGUGUGGAAGCGCCUCAAUGACCACGGCAAGAACUGGCGGCACGUGUAUAAGGCGCUGACGCUGCUGGACUACCUCAUCAAGACGGGCUCCGAGCGGGUGGCCCAGCAGUGCCGGGAGAACAUCUUCGCCAUCCAGACCCUGAAGGACUUCCAGUACAUCGACCGUGACGGCAAGGACCAGGGCAUCAAUGUGCGCGAGAAGUCCAAGCAGCUGGUAGGCCUCCUCAAGGACGAGGAGCGGCUGAAGGCCGAGAGGGCCCAGGCUCUCAAAACCAAAGAGCGCAUGGCCCAGGUCGCCACGGGCAUGGGCAGCAACCAGAUCACCUUUGGCCGCGGCUCCAGCCAGCCCAACCUGUCCACCAGCUACUCGGAGCAGGAGUACGGCAAGGCUGGGGGGUCUCCAGCCUCCUACCACGGCUCGCCCGAGGCCUCGCUGUGUCCCCAGCACCGUGCAGGGGCCCCGCUGGGUCAGAGCGAGGAGCUGCAGCCGCUGAGCCAGCGCCACCCCUUCCUGCCGCACCUGGGGCUGGCUGCCCGCCCAAAUGGCGACUGGUCCCAGCCCUGCCUCACUUGUGACCGCGCAGCCCGAGCCACUUCCCCGAGGGUGUCCUCUGAGCUGGAGCAGGCCCGGCCGCAGACCAGUGGAGAAGAGGAGCUACAGCUGCAGUUGGCACUUGCCAUGAGCAGAGAAGUCGCUGAGCAGGAAGAACGCCUCAGGCGGGGUGACGACCUCAGAUUGCAGAUGGCCCUAGAAGAAAGCCGAAGAGACACGGUUAAGGUUCCCAAAAAGAAGGAGCAUGGCUCCCACCCACAGCAGACUACUCUGUUGGAUUUAAUGGACGCCCUCCCCAGCUCAGGCCCUGCUGCCCAGAAAGCAGAGCCUUGGGGCCGGUCAGCCUCAGCUAACCAGACAAACCCUUGGGGCGGGCCGGCGGCACCAGCCAGCACUUCAGACCCCUGGCCACCGUUCGGUGCCAAGCCAGCUGCCUCUGUUGACCCGUGGGGUGUGCCCACUGGCGCCAGCACACACUCCGGCCCGAAGGGCUCGGACCCCUGGGUGGCCCCACAGCAGCCUGCCCUGAGGGCUGGGAAGACAGCGGACGCCUGGGCUGCAGCCUCGGCCACCAAGCCCGUCUCAUCCUCUGGGGCCUUUGAUCUCUUCAGUAAUCUGAAUGGUACCAUUAAAGAUGACUUUUCUGAAUUUGACAACCUCCGGACUUCAAAAAAAACAGCUGAGGCCGUGGCCUCGCCACCGUCCCAGAACAACGGAACUACAAGCCCAGACCCCUUCGAGUGCCAGCCCCUGACCUCCACCUCGAGCAAGCCCAGCAGCGCCCGGAAAACACCCGAGUCCUUCCUGGGCCCCAAUGCAGCCCUGGUCAACCUGGACUCGCUGGUGACCAGGCCAGCCCCACCAGCCCAGUCCCUCAACCCAUUCCUGGCACCAGGUGCAGCCGCCACCUCGGCCCCUGUCAACCCCUUCCAGGUGAACCAGCCCCAGCCGCUGACGCUGAACCAGCUUCGGGGGAGCCCUGUCCUGGGGACCAGCACGUCCUUUGGGCCUAGCCCAGGUGUGGAGCCCAUGGCUGUGACCUCCAUGACCUCCACGGCCCCACACCCGGCUCUGGGGGCUGGCGGGUCCUCCCUGACGCCCCUGGGCCCCACCGCGAUGAACAUGGUGGGCAGCGUGGGCCUUCCCCCCUCGGCAGCUCAGGCCACCGGCACAACCAACCCUUUCCUUCUCUAGUGCCCGGGCCGGGGCCCCACCACAGAGCGCAUGCCCAGAGCCUCCGUGCCUGAGGACGCCGAGCAGGGACUCUCGAUUGUGGAAUGGUGUCCGAGAGUGGGGGUGUGGGUGUUAGGGCUUUCCAGUUCCAGCUUCCUGAUAGAAGGGUUGUCUGCACAGCCCCAACCCUCAGACUCAAGCCGCAGCAGGCCUGCUAGACGUCAGACUUGGGUCUCCGCGCCUUCCGAGGCUGCCCACCCGCCUGUCCCCAGCCCGCUGCCUGCGGGAGGGGCCCAACCCAGUGGCCUCCCCACUUCCUCCCGAGCGCCGAGGUCCUGGUCCUGGAGACCGGCUAGCUCUCCGGGGCCCAGGACGAGGGGGCGGGAGUCGUCAGCGUUGACCUCACCCAGAGCCUCAGCCUGAGGGCCUCUGGGACGCUGCCUGGCUUGGGCCUAGGAACGGCCACCGCCGUUUCCUUGUGACCCACCACCCCCCCCAGCCCUAGCGACACCCGAGGCGGUCCCAGGUGUGGAUGGAAUGAAGCACCGGCUCCGUGAGAUGCUGACCUUCCGGGGAAGUGGUUGUGCAUAUUUUAUUUUUCUUUGACUCGUGUGUGAGUUCAAAGCAAACCCCACCACCGCGGAACAACUCUUAAAUUAAAUCCACUAGAGCGAGCUUUAAACUAAUCUGAGCAUAACCCCUGCCACGUGGCUCUAUGCUUGUAUACGUUUGCACAUAAUUUGUUUAGUACAGUUUCAUAUUUGAGUUUGCAGAAUUACCUAAUAGUCUUUUUUUGGCUAAUAUUUUUAUAACGUGGUUCUUAUUUAACUGUCUAGUUUUGAUAGAAUUUACCAGGUCUGGCUGAAUUAAGAUAUUGGCACGUGUCAUGUGAGUGGUUUAAACCCUCUUAUUUAUGGUUUUAACUCUAAGAAAAUUUAAAUAGGAAGCAAAAAAAAAAUGCCUUAUGAAAAAAAAAAACUAAAGCAAAUUCUUUAUAGGGAAAAAUACGGGAAUUUGAUUACACAGAAAAGAUGAUGUUUAUUUAAAAAGAAAAAAAAAAAAACAACCUACAACAGCAACAACGACAAAAACCCAGCCUCCAGUUGCCUUUUCCUUUCUUUUACUCCCUUUUUUGGUGACUUACCCAACAGAUUGAACCGCAGCCUUCUGGGCUGGAUCCUGAGAGAGGCUGUUUUUCUUACUGGUACACCAACAUCAAGUUAAAGGGAAAAAAAUCUGAUGGAUGGAUGUGACACACCAGUUUUUAUCUGCUAAUUCCCUUUUAUAACUGAAGGCAUGCACGGAUCAACAAGGACUUCCGUUUCCCGUGCAAAUCGGAAACGGAAGAGGCAUCUUGAACCUUGUGUGUCUGUGAUCCUCUCUGUCUUAAUCCGCACUCAGGGUAAGGAUGGGGAUGGCGUGGAGACAGCAGGUGUCUUCAGUGCCCACGGCUCCCCGGGGCCCACCUCCUGCUAACUCCAGACACACACUGCAGACUUAAAAUUCUCAUCAUCUCUUGUUUCCGAGAGAAAGAAAAAAAAAAGUCAUUCUCUCACAUGGAUUUUUAACAAACAUGCACUAAUAUUACCUCCCUUUCCCAACUCCCUCCUUUCCUCGCCCCAUCCACCACUAGAAGAAAAGUAUGAAUUCAUGAAAGAGCAGAAAAGACGUGCUUCUCCCCAGGGAAGGAAGCCCCCCCCCCCCGCCCCCGAUACACACACCCCCAACCUGCCUCCGGUCAGGUCACCUUGUCUGUGGGCGCUGCAGUCUCGCUUUCCACUGUGGACUUCACCCCAACUCCAAGGACAGCUGACCCCCUGGUGUUCCUCCGCUUCCCGUGGCCUGUUCUGGGAGGAGGUCGGACCCUGAGCAGGGCACAGGCCUGGAGAUGAGCAGGCGGAGUCCUGAACAGCCUUUUCUGGCCUCUCCUGUUUCCUCAUUUUAAAAGCUCACCCAUGCCGCUCCCCAAGGCUGUCCCCUGGCCGGAGGAGCCACCCCCAGAGCUCCUGAACGGCCAUGCCUCCGCCAGAGCCAGAGAGCUGGGGCUGGACCACGGGCUGGAGCCCACUCUGGCCUCCUCCGACCUGGGGGAGCAUGGGGACAGGGUGGGGCCCAGCAGGUGGCUCCCCCCGGGAGGUGCUUUCACUCACAUGGUGCGAGCCCGGACCCCUUCACAGGCCAGUAGCCCAGACCUGACUACUGCGUCGGUGAUUCUUUUUUGUAAACAGUCAAGAGCCCUUCCUGACUUGACUUCGAGGCCCCAGCAUUCUAGCCACUGGGCCACCGAGGCCCCACGAGACCCACUGCGCCCCCUCCCCCCACCCCCUCCCACCCGGGCACAGGCCUGUCCCAGGCACCUUGUCCCUGUUGCCUGCUGCACUGAUCAUGAAGCUGCCGGCCGCUGCCACGCGUGUGACGCAAGUGCCGUCAUGCUCCCUCCCGAUGGGCACUGGGGUAGGGGGCGCCACCCAGCCGUUUUCUCAGUCCCAGGGGCCGGUGGCUGGUUUUGAACGUGUGUUGACUAUUGAUACUUAUUUACUGUACAAAUAUAAUUUAUCAUUUGUAUCAUGA